AUGAGGACACAAUUGCCCCAUAUCAUCACACUCCUCGUGAUACAACUGGCGCUUUCCCAAACAGCGACCAGCACGGAGCACACAACCGAUGAAUUCACCUUCAGUUGUGUGCCACUGACCACUCAACUCUCCGACCCGAUAGUCUCCCCAGGUGGAAUAUCGGAACACGUCCACGUGGUUGCUGGUGGCACAGCAUUUCAGAGAACAAUGGGCCUCGACACAGCCCGAAAUGCGAGAGAGACGACUUGCGGUGUAGCUAUCGAUAAGAGCAACUACUGGAUCCCGCAGCUGUACAAUCAACUGCCAGACGGUUCCUUCGAGCUCGUGGAAUAUCAGUCAACUUCUAUUUAUUACCUUGGCCGAGCAUGCAAUUAUGGCGUUGAUAUGACAUACUGCAACGCUUCGGUGUAUCCAAUAGCACCGCCAGAAGGACUGAGGAUGAUAGCUGGGGAUCCUAAUCUUAGAUCAUACAAUGAUUCGGAUAUGGCUCAACGAGCCGUAUCACAUAUGUGCAUGGAAUAUGACGGUAGCUCGAACGAAACGAAGCAUUUCCCGCGACAACCUUGCCAAGCCGUGCGGUCGCAGAUAUUCAUGCCUUCAUGUUGGGACGGUAAAAACCUCGAUAGUCCAGAUCAUAAAAGCCAUAUGGCAUAUCCCGCGAUCGGUGACUAUAAUAAGGGUGUUUGUCCCAAGUCGCAUCCCGUCGCGAUCUACUCAAUCUUUCUCGAAUUCUUCUUUAACACGGCUCCGCUAGAGAGCUACCAAAACUUAGUGUAUUCCAUGGGUGACGCAACCGGGUAUGGAUUGCACGGCGAUUUCAUCCACGGCUGGACUGAUCAGGAUGCUCUGAGACAAGCUAUGGAAACCUGUACGGGAUCCCAAGGAUUGGAAGAUCCGGAUUGCUCCGUUACAAGAACCCAGACAAGGGCUUUGACACCCCUGUCACAGUAUCUGGAUGUUGUGGAGCCGAAGGAUGAGCUAGGCCAGAGUGGAUUGAUUGACAGCUUGCCGGGGAACAAUCCAGUCAUUGGGCGGGAUAAUGCGGAGUGA